GUUUCCUUGGGAGUAAGUUCUGAUACCAUGGAUGCUGAUGCAUGUUGUGGGGCAUCUGAAGGAGGCAUGACUUCAGGUGCAACUGACAAUGCUGGAGAGAGUGAGACCACACAUGCAAUACAGAAAGUUGUGCCAGAUGAUUCAAGCAGUAUGCCAGCUGCUCCAACCUCUGACCUCAUGGACAAAGAAAGUGAGAUGGCAGGUCAGCAGACUUCUGGCCAUGAUAACAGUGAGCAUCAACAGCAAGAGCAGAGCAUGGCUGAUGCCAGCCAAACCAUAUCAAAUCAAGAGGAUGACGCUGCUGAUUCAGAGCGGGAAGCUGCCGAUUGUGCCAUGUCGGGCACUGAGGCGGAUGAUGAGGGGAACUUUGGAGUAAAUGGUGCAGCUGCUACGGGUCUGCUAAGUUUGUCAAGCUCGUCAAGUGAUGAUUCAGACAGUAGCGAUGAUAUGAGGAAAUCAGCCAUGGCUGCAUCUUUGGAAGACGUUAAAAGGAAAACAGAGGAAAUCAUGACGAAACCGAAGCCCACGCACUCUUGGUCUCUGGUGAAGGAAUUACACAAGAGGCAGCUGGGCGGGCGGCCGUCGCUGCUGCACCAGGACAAGUUCCGGCUGCACAUGUACAGCUCGCUGCACGCCGUCGAGCGGCUGGAACUGAUGUCCAAGCUCUGCUGGCACGAGAGCUGCGUCAACUGCCUGCACUUCAACGCCACCGGCAGUCUGCUGGCCAGCGGCUCCGACGACCUCAACGUGGUCGUCUGGGACUGGCAGCGCAAGCGGCCCAGCUACUCAUACCACACGGGCCACAAGAGCAACAUCUUCGAGGCCAAGUUCAUGCCUCUUCACAACGACACCCACAUUGUGUCGACAAGUCGCGACGGUCAAGUGCGGCUGGCUGAGAUCUCGUCGGCCGGGGAGUGCCGCUCCAUACGCAGACUGGCGCAGCACCGCGGCUCGGGACGCAAACUGGCCCUGCAGCGCGACUCUCCGCACACGGUGCUCUCUUGCGGCGAGGACGCGGUCGUCUUCAGCAUCGACGUGCGGCAGAACAAACCGAACAGACUGACCACCUGCAUGGACAGCGGUAAGAAAGUGCCGACCAACUCGAUCGCCACCCACCCUGAGGACGGCAACGUGUUCCUACUGGCGUGUGUGGACAAGUUCGUCCGGCUGUACGACCGGCGCAUGAUGGGCAACGACGAGCCUUAUCGCCGCCUUUGUCCGCACAGACUGCUGGAGUCCGGCUACCGGUACAGCGUCACCUGCGGCGUGUUCAACUACAACGGCACCGAGAUCGUGGCCUCGUACAACGACGAGGACGUGUACCUGUUCGACGCGAGCCACUCGGACGGCGCCGACUGCAUCCACCAGUACUCCGGCCACCGCAACAACGCCACCAUCAAGGGCGUGAACUUCUUCGGCCCGACCAGCCAGUACGUGCUCUCGGGCUCGGACUGCGGCAACAUCUUCGUCUGGGACCGGGAUACUGAAGCCAUCGUCCAGUGCGUCCCUGGAGAUGAAAACGGCGUGGUCAACUGUCUGGAGCCGCACCCGUUCAUACCGGUGCUGGCCACCAGUGGGCUGGACGACGACGUCAAGAUCUGGGUGCCGAGCAGGGACGGGCCGCCAGAGCUGGGCUCGCUGCGACAGACCGUGGAGACGAACCUGCGUGACCGGGUGGACGGCGACUCGCCCUCGACGGGCUCGCUCGGCAGCAGCCUCAUGUGGACGGUGAUGCAGCAGGUGCUCGGCUCGCAGUGGCAGCGGCAGCGGCGCCAGAUGUUCGACAUGGACACGGACGACCCGGACGGCCGCUCCUCCGACAGCGACGACGACCAGCCGGGCGAGUGCCGGCCCACCUAGGAGCCCGCCGCAGCGGCCGGCGCCGGCGCGGGCCGCGCUCGGCCCGUUUGGUCUUUCGCAACAGCGUGUGGUGUGGCGUGCGGAGAGGCGGCGCGGCGGGCCGGCCGCCCCGCCAGACCGCCAGACAGCCCCGCCGAGCCCCGCUUGUCCCCAGCAUAUCGAGUGUGGGGUUCCCGUGUUAAGUCGUUUUGGCACCGGCCUUCGUCGCGCGAUGGCCUUCUGACCCUGGCGUUUUUGGUCGCGGCGUACUAGACGCCGGUGGCGUCAUUUGAACUUCGUUGGCGUGGUGUAUGUCGUUGGGGCGGAUUGAUCACUACUCUGUGCAGCGUUUGGGUGGUAUUUCAGAGCGAAGCACGUUGUCGUUCGAGCUGAGAGCAGUACAAGCGGUGCUGUCAAUGAAUAUAUGUAUUGAUAGUU